AUGGAGCUGAAAUACACUCGGUCUGGUGAGCUGGACUUCUUCAAGAACGCGUAUGAAGUGGGCAGUCAUGGGAGGCUACUCUUCAAGGUGUACUUCAACGCAAAGCCUGAGGUGAUAGCCAUAAAGACGGACAAGAAUGAGCAGAUUGUUUGGCCUCAGAGUUUGGAGUUGGUAGGUGGAUUCAUACCACUCCGCAUCCAGGCCACCAUCACGUCAAACGAUGUGGUGCCAUCGAGCCGAGUUCGAGAAGAUUCUGGCCAUCCAGUCUUUGAAGGUGCAGCAGAGGUAUUUGGCUAUGACUAA